CUCUUCCGCAAGCCUAAAAGUUUCUGUGAACACAAGACUAUGGCCAGCAAGUUGCUCAUUGCCGCCGCAAAGCCAGCCAUUAACGGUGAGCUGAGCGUACUAAGCAUGUCCGACGAGCAGAUCAUGAAUCAAAUUUAUGCAACCCAUGUUCAUGCCGACGAAAAGUUUGACGCUGACUCUCUAUUCGUCGUCGUCGAAAACGUUCUUAAGCGUGCCACCCUUAUUGUUGACAAUGUUGUGAUGGGUACCCAAGAUCACCUGGAGAAUUUGGAGGACAAGGCGCCCAAGGCCAGCUUUAGUCCACCAUUGUGCACCCUCAAACAACUUUCUUCUGAGAUGGCAUGCAAGGCUCCGGGUGAGGAAAUUGCGCACAAAACUACUAUGUCGAUUCUUAACAAACUCUCAACCUAUUCAUGGGAUGCGAAAGCAGUGCUGACGCUUGCUGCUUUUGCUUUGGACUACGGAGAUUUCUGGCUCUUAGCCCAACUUCACUCUUCGGACCAACUCGCCAAAUCAAUGGGGAUUCUAAGACGAGUACCUACCAUCUUAAAGCGUCCAGUCCUUCAGAAAUACGGGAAAGAGAUUGUUGAAGUUAACAAUCUAAUCAAGGCCACAUUGGAAGUCAUCGAGUCCAUCUUUGAGUUGGAGAAACUAUCAAUCUAUGACACAAAGGAUGUACCAGCAUUAUCAACUGCCAUGGACCGUAUCCCAGUGGACGCCUAUUGGGCUAUCAUAACUAUUGUAGCUUGCAUGACACAAAUGUGUUGUCUCACUAGCGAUGAGAACAAGAGACAGGAAUUAUCUCCUUUUGCUCAGAAAAUCAAUAUCACCCUCAACUUUCUAAAGAUGCAGAUAAAACUUUGCCAUCAACAAAUAGAUGAACUUGAGGCUUAUAGGAAACUCAAGAAACUCUUGCGAACACCUACCGAAAUCAUGGAGGUUUUCAAGGCACUGGUUUUCGCCAAGGAUAAUGUGCAACAGCUUAUUGAUGGUUCUACAAACAAGUUGGUUAGCAUUGAUGUGCUGAAAAAGAAGAAUGUAGUAUUGUUCCUCUCGGGCCUGGACGUCUCAAUUGAUGAGAUCUCGAUCUUGAAGCCAAUUUAUGACGGAAUAAGGAAGAAUGAGCAAUAUAAAAUUGUAUGGAUUCCAAUUGUGGAGGAAUGGACUGAUGACUUGCGAAAAAAGUUCGAGAUUCUGCGGAAUAAGAUGCCGUGGUACAUAGUGCAAUACUUUUCACCAGUAGUAGGCAUCAAGUUCAUUAAGGAGGAGUGGAACUUCAAGAAUAAGGCAAUCGCUGUGGUGAUGAACCCACAAGGGAAAGUGGAACACCCAAAUGCACUACACAUGAUUCGGGUAUGGGGAAUGAAGGCCUUCCCUUUCACUACCAUAGCUGAAGAAACUAUAUCGAGCAAAGGGUUUUUGAUGGAAAGCAUUUGGAGUGACAGUAAUCCGAACCUAAAUGCAUGGAUCCAAGAGGAGAAGUACAUUUUCUUCUAUGGAGGUAAGGACAACGAGUGGAUCCAACAAUUUACAAAGAAAGCAACUGCCCUGGCGAAUGAUCCAGUUAUAAAGGGUGCAAGGAUUUCAAUAGAGUUGUUUUGCGUUGGGAAAGGCAGCAAAGGGGAGGAUGAUAUCGGCAUCCUAGGGCAUUUCUGGAAUUGCAUAGAGAGCUUUUUCUUCUCAAGGACUCACAAGAAGACCGACUCGGAUCCUCUAACGCAGGAAAUCCAGAAGUUGCUUUCCUACAAGAAUGAAAGUGGAUGGAUUGUGCUCAGCAAAGGGUCUAGAGUGGUUGCAACUGGUCAUGGGACAACAAUUAUGAAGGUCUUGGAUGAGUUUGAGAAAUGGAAGGGGUACGCUCGUGAGAUUGGCGUCGAAAUUUGUUUCAAAGAGUACCAUGACAAGCUUAUUGAAAUGGAUCGCCCAUGCUGUCGUUUUGACGUCCCAAUCACUGCUGGAAAAAUCCCUGAUCAUAUGAAAUGCCCUCACUGUCCCCGCGUCAUGGAGACUUUUAUCAGCUUCAAGUGCUGCCACCUUGACGGUGCUCUGAACGCACUGCAUUAGAUGGCCGCCUCUGCCGACCAAUGUUUUCACCAAAUAAUAAUGUAUGUCUUAAGUUUGUUUGUGACGAGUGUUUACUAGUACUAUAAGAAAAUCUACAAUAAAGAGCAUCAUGAUUACAUUUGUAAUCCGAUGCUAAUGUCUUACCGGAGACUAUCUAUGUACUGAUCGUCUGAUGUUCAUGUUGCAAUUGAAAGUCGUUUUCCUUUUUUUUUUUCG